AUGGGUACUUCACGAACUACGAGAAGCGCUUCGCAGGGUACAUCAGCUACCCGUUCGAUAUCUCAAAACACGAAUGAUAUACAUUGGAAAUCCUUAAGUCCAAAAACGAGACAACAUAUCCAUGAUCUUAUAUUGAGCUCUGUUCCAAUUGAUGAAAAGUUGGAAACACUUCAAGUUCCAAAAACAUCAAAAAAUAGCAAUUUUGAUUAUACCAAACUUCAUUCUCAAAAUCGAGCAUUGGAGUUGACACUUGCGCAAGAAUUGGAGCAGAUCAGCCAAAUGGAAAUGCAACUUGAACACGAGAAAUUGCAAAGUUUGGCUAUAUUCCGUAGUGACAAAAAGGCUGUAGACAGUCGAAAUAAAAUGCUUCAGCGGAACAAGCUACAUCCUUUAUUAAAAGAAGAAGUAGAAGACUUGGUUGAAAUCGACGAAGAAUUAAUUAAAUUUCAUUUUAAACCAUCAUUAAGGGACAAAUCAUCAUGCUUAUAUGAUCCCGAAAAGGAUGAUCAACUUUGCGAGAUUGAAAAAUCUCUCUCCUUACAUUUGCGAUCAAUUGAAAAGAACACUCAGACAAUCGAUGAUUUAGUAAAUGAGAUUGAUGAAGCUGAGAAUAGUUUGUUACAAUUAAUGAAAAAUGCAGGUUUGGAUGAUAAGUUGGUUGAAAAGGUUUGUUUGUAA